AUGGCAAACUCCAAAGUAGCUAUCAUAACUGGCGGUGCAUCAGGUUUAGGAUUUGAUAUCGCCAGAUCCCUAUCUCAAAAAGGUUGGCGAGUACACGCCUUCGACUUAAACGUGAUUGGCGAAGAUGUCUUGGGGCUUGGUCUAAGUAGCUGCGCUUUCCAUCAAGUUGACGUCGCCUCCUGGGAUUCGCUAUCAUCUGCGUUCCAUGCCGUUUUCAAGGCUGAAGGUCGACUCGAUUUUGUCUUCGCGAAUGCUGGCGUCAUGGAAAAGGGGAAGUUCUUCGAGAGGCACAAUCCAUCUUCGCCGCCACCGGAACCAGAGGAACUAUCUAUCAAUGUCAAUCUCAAAGGAAUAACUAGGACAAGUUACCUUGCUCAGCAUUACUUCAGGGCAAAUGUGAACAACGGCAAGGAUUGCGUUCUCAUUAUGACAUCUAGUGUUGCUGGUAUAUAUCCUCAAUCCAUCACCCCUCUCUACUCGGCCGCCAAAGCGGGCAUAAUAAAUUUUAUGCGCUCGGUCGCCCCUAUCUUCUAUGAAGAGGAUGGUAUAAGAACAUACGCCAUCUGUCCUGGGUCGGUGCGAACUAAUAUACUACCUAAGGAGCUAUGGGAUGCGUAUCCUCAGGAAUACCUAACCCAGAUGCAAAAAGUGACCACUACCAUCGAAUCGCUUAUUCAAGGUACGAAAUUUUCGGAUUCUUGGGGGCAAAAUUUCGAAGAAUCGAGUAUCGGUCUCGUCGUUGAGAUUUUCGUCGAUGAUGUGUAUUUCAGGGGUCCGCCAAGUCCCUGCAACGAUGGUAUGAAAUCCAUAUUUGAACACAUGCGCCCUAGAAAGGGGGAAUAUAUAGGCGAGAAGAGGGUUUAA